AUGGAACACGUGUAUGGUGAAAAAUACAGAAAAGGAAAAUCAGGGUCCCAUUUUGAGGCAGCAAGGAGACGGAGUCGGGCUGUUCUUUAUCAUAUCUCCGGUCACCUACAAAGGAGAGAAAAGGGCAAAUUAAAGCUCAAUAAAAACGUUUUUGUAGAUAAACCAGCAAUUCCUGAAUAUAAAGUUUCAGAUGCAAAAAAAACAAAGUUUCUCAUUUUACAUUUUAGUACUUUCAAAGCAGCCUGGGACUGGCUUAUAUUAUUAGCAACGUUUUAUGUUGCUGUUACUGUACCUUACAAUGUAUCCUUUGUGGACAAUGAUGAUCUGUCAUCAACAAGAAGCACAACUGUUAGUGAUAUUUCCGUGGAAAUUCUUUUUAUUAUAGAUAUUAUUUUAAAUUUCCGAACAACUUAUGUCAGCAAGUCUGGCCAAGUUAUAUUUAAGGCGAGAUCUAUUUGUAUCCACUAUGUAACAACUUGGUUCGUCAUUGAUUUAAUUGCUGCUCUUCCCUUUGAUCUCCUUUAUGCUUUUAAUGUCACUGUGGUUUCUCUUGUUCAUCUUUUGAAAACCAUCAGAUUGUUACGACUUUUACGUCUUCUUCAGAAGUUGGAUCGUUAUUCUCAACAUAGCAGUAUAGUCCUUACUUUAUUAAUGUCCAUGUUUGCCCUUUUGGCCCACUGGAUGGCUUGCAUUUGGUAUGUCAUUGGGAGGAUGGAAAUGGAAGAAAAUAACCCCCUUACUUGGGAUAUAGGCUGGCUUCAUGAGCUGGGGAAAAGACUGGAGUCACCGUUCUACAGCAAUAAUACACAAGGUGGUCCCACCAUUCGAAGCACAUACAUUGCAUCCCUCUAUUUUACACUCAGCAGUCUAACCAGUGUUGGAUUUGGAAAUGUUUCUGCUAAUACGGAUGCUGAAAAGAUAUUCUCCAUUUGCAUUAUGCUAAUUGGAGCCUUGAUGCAUGCCUUGGUAUUUGGUAAUGUGACAGCUAUAAUCCAACGAAUGUACUCCAGAUGGUCCCUUUAUCAUACAAGAACCAAGGAUCUGAAGGAUUUUAUACGGGUACACCACCUUCCACAGCAACUGAAGCAGAGAAUGCUAGAAUAUUUCCAAACCAACUGGUCAGUCAAUAAUGGGAUAGAUUCUCAUGAGCUCCUGAAAGAAUUUCCAGAUGAGCUACGUUCGGAUAUAACCAUGUACUUGAACAAGGAGAUUCUACAACUAUCCCUUUUUGAGAAUGCUAGCCGCGGUUGCCUCAGGUCUCUGUCUCUGCAUAUCAAAACUUCUUUCUGUGCUCCUGGAGAGUACCUACUUCGGCAGGGAGAUGCAUUGCAGGCAAUUUAUUUGGUGUGCUCAGGUUCCAUGGAAGUGCUGAAGGAUGGGAUGGUGUUAGCUAUUUUAGGUAAAGGAGAUUUAAUUGGAGCAACUUUAUCAAUUAAAGAUCAAGUAAUAAAAACCAACGCAGAUGUGAAAGCUCUGACCUACUGUGAUCUACAGUGUAUCAUUCUAAAAGGCCUCUAUGAAGUUCUGGACUUCUAUCCAGAAUAUGCACAUAAAUUUGUAGAAGACAUUCGGCAAGAUCUUACAUAUAAUCUUCGGGAGGGUCAUGAAAGUGACAGAAUGUCAAGACUUUCUUGCAAUUCAACUUUGUCACAGACAGAACCCAGGGGAAAUGGCAGUGUAAAUAAAAGGCUAUCCUCCAUCGUGGAAGAUGAUGAUGAUGAUGAUGAUGACACAGGGGAGGAAGAUGCUUCAUCUCCUAUACGAACGAGGAACACAAAGUAUAGCAAGACUUCAAACAGUUCUCUAGGGAUUAACCUGAAAGCAUUCUCUGGAAAUGUCCCAUACAAGUCACCAAUGAAAUCUUCAAAUUUUAAUCCUGCAAAAACAAGAAUAGAAAAUGAAGCUCACCUUAACAGCAGAAGACGGGAUAGGAAUUUAAGGCUUAACCUUCCAACAGUAACAAGCCUAGGACCACCAGAUUUAAGUCCCAGAGUUGUUGAUGGGAUUGAAGAUGAUAAUGGUAACGAAGAAGGUCAAGCAUUUGACUUUGAAGCUUAUCAAAUGAGGCAACAAGCACGAUUAAGUCAAACUACAGGAGACAUUUCUGAUUUCAACCCAGCAAUGCUUUUUAUCACAGCGGAAGAAACCAAACAACAGAUAACAAGACUCAACCAUGAGGUUAGUACUUUAACUCAUGAAGUAUCCCAGCUCAGCAGAGAUAUGAAGAUUGUCAUGAAUAUUUUAGAAAACCUGUUAGCUGCACAAAGACCAGUUGGAUAUUAUUCAACUUAUGGCACAGUGAUUGAUGGAAUGGGUACUACAAUAGGCUCUCCAAUGGAUCAAAUGCAAACUAGAAUGACAUGGACAACAAACCAAGCUUGCAUGCAAAGGCAAGGUUCCCUGGUUGGCAAUCCAACACAGUUGUGUCAAGGUGCUGUUGUAUCUGACUUGUGGAACAUGGAUCCUUCCAGUGUAGGAAGCAGCCCCCAAAGAAAUGGAUCAAAUGUAGAAAAUUCAUUAGAAGGUGAAUAUUACUACACAUCAGGCCUUGGAUAUUCUCCCUCGCAUUAUCAAGUUAUUCAGGCUGACCAAUAUUCUUAUUUGAAGUGUGAAUCACCUCAUUCAGACACCACAUUAACUCCUCUGCAGUCUAUUUCUGCAACUCUUUCUCCAUCUAUGUGUUCAUCAUCUGACACUUCUCUUCAACUUGUGCUGCCCAGUAGAUCUGAAGAAGGCUUUAGCCAAGGAGCAAUUAGUUCACUAAGCCUUGAAAAUCUGCCAGGUUCUUGGGAUAUAGAAGGGACAGUUGGACUCUCUGGACAGUUGACAGAAGAAUACUCCGAAGACAUUGUUACGAGUACAAUAGAUUUUAAAGAUGACAAAGCCAUAAAUGUAUAAUCAUAAAUGAUUAGUAAUAUUCAGCAGAAGCAGCAAUGUGGUAACUAUUUAUGCAUGAGACUGCAAAGACACAUGGAUGAGUUUGUUUCAUUUCAACUAUUCUGGAAAAGAUAUAAAUGAGAAAUUAAUUCAAAAAGCACAGUACCUUAAGAUAUUUAUUUAGAAGUGUGGAGGGUGUGUUUUUGUUACUUAUGUAAGCUAUUGGUCUGUGUGCCAGGCCUUUUAAUGCAGACUAAAGACCCAGAGGGUCAAAACAGCUGGGAGUCAUAUACAAAAGAACACAUGACCACAUAUUUCGUAGGGAGUUAUUAUAUCACAAAGCAAAAUGCUCUUUCCUGAGUGCCUGAUUGUUAUUUGCAAACAAUAGCACUGUCAAUGCUUGCUUCAGGUGACCAUGAUACCUGCUGUCUAUUUGUCAGUUCAGAGAAGACAUAGGGACAAUUAUCGCUGCAUGUCAUCUCCUAGACAAUCAACCAAACAGAGUUGGUAGAUGGUGGGUUAGCCGUUGCACGUUAUUUGUCAGUUUAAUGAAACCUCUUAAUUUAUUUAUCAGAAAAAAUGCUAUUUUUAUAUUCCUUGUAUGAAAUAUGUAUUUAAACUAUUUAAAAUAUUUAUAACUAAAUGUCUUUUUUUGGUAAGAGCUUGCAGUUUUCAAGAGAAAUGCACAAUUCUUAUGCAUAUUGAAUUAAACAAUUUAUUAUUCAGAAAAAAAUAAAAGUGUACAUAGUUAAUAUAUCCCAUUUGCA